CGGCGCUCGCGAAAGCUCGCGGUCGCUGCGAGGCGCGCGCCGGCGGUUCUCGCCUGCUCGGCUCACCUGAGGGACCAGCGGCCGUCCCCGGCUGGCGCGGCAGCCCCCUGGAGCCGGGCCGCGAGGGGUGAGAUAUUUCAGUCAAAGGAAGAAAUAGCUCUCCUCCAAAGAUGGAAUCUGUUGUUUGGGAAUGUGGUUGAUCAACUUGAUAUGUUGGCCAAACGUGCCCUAUGUAAUAAAAUGAAAAGAAGAGACAAGAUGAUGUCAUUUUCCCAUAUUGUGAAACCCAAAACAAAUGCCUUUUGUGGGACCAAGCUAACAAACCUCUGACGGUGCAAAGAAUAUUUAACUGUUUGAAGAACUUAACAGUAAGAUAUAGAAGAAGUACUUUCAAGCUGAGACCUGCAGGUGUCUAAAGAUCUAAAGUACGUAUUGAGUAGGCCUGAUCUUCCAAAUCUCAUUCAGAUCCAGAAAGGAUGGCUAUGAGUUGGAUUGUCUUCUGUCUUUGGCCCUUGACUAUGUUUGUGGAGCAUAUAGGUGGACACAGUUUGUUUUCUUGUGAACCUAUUACCUUGAGGAUGUGCCAAGAUUUGCCUUAUAAUACUACCUUCAUGCCUAAUCUUCUGAAUCAUUAUGACCAACAGACAGCAGCUUUAGCGAUGGAGCCAUUCCACCCUAUGGUGAAUCUGGAUUGUUCUCGGGAUUUCCGGCCAUUUCUUUGUGCACUCUAUGCUCCUAUUUGUAUGGAAUAUGGACGUGUCACACUUCCUUGUCGUAGGCUGUGUCAGCGGGCUUACAGCGAGUGUUCGAAGCUCAUGGAGAUGUUUGGUGUUCCUUGGCCUGAAGAUAUGGAAUGCAGUAGGUUCCCAGAUUGUGAUGAGCCGUAUCCUCGACUUGUGGAUCUGAAUUUAGCUGGAGAGCCUACUGAAGGAGCCCCAGUGGCAGUGCAGAGGGACUAUGGUUUUUGGUGUCCCCGAGAGUUGAAAAUUGAUCCUGAUCUUGGUUAUUCUUUUUUGCACGUGCGUGAUUGUUCACCUCCUUGUCCAAAUAUGUACUUUAGGAGAGAAGAACUUUCAUUUGCUCGAUAUUUCAUAGGAUUGAUUUCAAUCAUUUGCCUCUCUGCCACGUUGUUUACUUUUUUAACUUUUUUGAUUGAUGUCACAAGAUUCCGUUAUCCUGAAAGACCUAUUAUAUUUUAUGCAGUCUGCUACAUGAUGGUAUCACUAAUUUUCUUUAUUGGGUUUUUGCUUGAGGACCGAGUAGCCUGCAAUGCAUCUAGCCCUGCACAGUAUAAGGCUUCCACAGUGACACAAGGAUCUCAUAAUAAAGCCUGUACCAUGCUUUUUAUGGUACUCUAUUUUUUUACUAUGGCUGGCAGUGUUUGGUGGGUAAUUCUUACCAUUACAUGGUUUUUGGCAGCUGUGCCAAAGUGGGGUAGUGAAGCUAUUGAGAAGAAAGCUUUGCUGUUUCACGCCAGUGCAUGGGGCAUCCCCGGAACUCUAACUAUCAUCCUUUUAGCGAUGAAUAAAAUUGAAGGUGACAAUAUCAGUGGCGUGUGUUUUGUUGGCCUCUACGAUGUUGAUGCAUUGAGAUACUUUGUUCUUGCACCCCUCUGCCUGUAUGUGGUAGUUGGGAUUUCACUUCUCUUAGCCGGCAUUAUAUCCCUAAACAGAGUUCGAAUUGAGAUUCCAUUAGAAAAGGAGAAUCAAGAUAAAUUGGUGAAGUUUAUGAUCCGGAUUGGUGUUUUCAGCAUUCUUUAUCUCGUACCACUCUUGGUUGUAAUUGGAUGCUACUUUUAUGAGCAAGCUUACCGUGGCAUCUGGGAAACAACGUGGAUACAAGAACGCUGCAGAGAAUAUCACAUUCCAUGUCCAUAUCAGGUUACUCAAAUGAGUCGUCCAGACCUGAUUCUUUUUCUGAUGAAAUACCUGAUGGCUCUCAUAGUUGGUAUUCCCUCCAUUUUUUGGGUUGGAAGUAAAAAGACAUGCUUUGAAUGGGCCAGUUUUUUUCAUGGUCGUAGGAAAAAAGAGAUAGUGAAUGAGAGCCGACAGGUGCUCCAGGAACCUGAUUUUGCUCAGUCCCUCCUGAGGGAUCCAAAUACUCCUAUUAUAAGAAAAUCGAGAGGAACUUCCACUCAAGGAACAUCCACACAUGCUUCUUCAACUCAGCUGGCUAUGGUGGAUGACCAGAGAAGCAAAGCGGGGAGUGUCCACAGCAAAGUGAGCAGCUACCACGGCAGCCUCCACAGAUCCCGGGAUGGCAGGUAUACUCCCUGCAGUUACAGAGGAAUGGAAGAGAGACUACCUCAUGGCAGCAUGUCACGACUAACGGAUCACUCCAGGCACAGUAGUUCUCAUCGGCUCAAUGAACAGUCACGACAUAGCAGCAUCAGAGAUCUCAGUAAUAAUCCUAUGACUCACAUCACACAUGGCACCAGCAUGAAUCGGGUUAUUGAAGAAGAUGGAACCAGUGCUUAAAUUGUCCUGUUGAAAGUGGAGAACUUGUACUGUUUAAAAAGCAGAUUUUAUUCUUUGCCUUUGCAUGACUGAUUGCUGUAACUCACUGUUAGCUUUCAGUCAGUGCAGAUUGUGUCCAUUGGAAAAGUAAAUGUUUGCUUUUUAUAUUGCAUCAAAUUUGGAACAUCAAGGCAUCCAAAAUGCUAAGAAUUAUAUUACCACAUAAAUAAUUCUUAUUUCUAGGCUAUGAGGAGAUAGUUAUUUGGUAAGCAUUUUUAUAAACCCACAUAUUUUAUACUUAGAAAAAUCCUAAAAGUGUGGUGACUGCUUUGUAGUGAACUUUCGUAUAAUAUCACCUAGUUGUGAGGCAACAUUCUGAUAGUUCUGUUAAUAAGCCAAAAUUUCAGAAUUAAAGAAAUUUUCUAUGCAAGGUUUAUUUCUCAGAUGAAUAGUAGGACUUUGUAGUUUUCUUUCCACUAAGUGAAAAUAAAACUGUUUUUAAACUGUAGGAGAAUUUGAUAAAUCAGCAAGGGUAUUUUAGCUAAUAGAAUAUAAGAUCAACAAAGGAAUCUGAUUAGUCUGUUGAAGGCUCUUCCAAAAUUCUAUCAAAAUAAUCUUCAUCCAGAGAGAUACAGGAUUAGGAUUAGCAAUGGGCAUUUUUCCCCUAUAAUUUGUGCUGUUUUUAUUACUUUUGUAAAUAUUACUUUUAAUGGCUGUAUUUUUAUAACUUAUCCAUUUGCAUGGUGGAAAAUUUUUAAUUUGUAGCCAUUUUUUCCCACGUAGUAGUAGUGAUUCAUAGAGAACUUUAUGUUCAGAGCUGUUCUGUGGAAGCAUGUAAUAAGCUAAGCAUCACACAUUAUAAGGUUUUUUGUGGUAACACAGGUACAAAAUGGCAAAGUGUUUUCUCUGUAUUAAUUGUUGUAUUUUUCUACAGUGAGAUGUGAUCUUGCCAAAGCCAUCAGAUCUUGGUAUCCAGGCCCCUCCGAUCAGUGAGUUGAUUGUCUGCACUUGCACUGCCCAGUAGCUAACAGGCUACAGCUUUUGCCCCAUACCCUUAUUUUCAGAUUCUGGAUUAUUCUUGUUUACAGCUGAAAUACAUAUAACCUAGUCCAAAGUGGUGACUAAUUUGGGGUAUUUGAAAAUCACUGUAGCUAAAUGAAGCAUGAUUAGUCUUGCUGUGAAGUAUCUUUUGAUCUUGAAAAUAUCAACUCAAAAAUGUUUGACGUUUUGUCUUGUGAUGUUUAAAUAGUUUACAAUAAAAACUGUGAACUUUAUUAGGCAUGAAAUUGAUCAGAAGGGAAAGAAAAAUUCUUGAAAAUGCUGGAUGUGUUCUGUAGAAAAGCAUAUUUAAACAAGCGGUCCUCAACCAUGACUACAGAUAAGAAUCACUUGGGGAACCUCUGAUACCCGACAUCUUCCUCUCUUUCAGAUGAGAAUUGGUAGUUUUUUUAAAAAGUUUUCCAGGUGACCUAAGCUGCAGCCAGACUGCAGGCUGGUUUCAACUGACUUGCCCCUGAUGAUGAUCUGUUGGCAUAACAUUAUAUCAUGUGAAAAUCUAGCUGGACUCAGUGACAUGCUUUUAUAUCAUUACCUGAUACACAAUUGUUCUCCACUUUAUUGACCAUUAUAAGAUGUGGAAUUCUGGGCCCUGCUCCUAAAGAUUCUUAUUCAGUAAGUCAAAGGUCGUAGGACUUUAAAAUCUGUAGUUAUAAAAAUAUAGCAGGUGAUUCUUAUGCAGGUAAUCAAAGAAUCACACUUUGAAAAAUAUUCUAGACUCUAGAGAGGCCUGAUUUUGUCAUAUGCUAGUUUUUGACCUUUAACAAGUCAACUUCUCUGAGCCUCAGUUCCCUUGUUUGUAAAUGAAGAUAGAAGAUAAAUACCUACCUCACAAAGUUGUCAAAUAGGGAUCAAAUGAAAAAUCAUAUGAAAGCUCUUUGAAAACUAUAAAGCAUUGUGAAAUAUAAGGGUUUAAGAUUAUUGAGGAUUUAAGAGAUUUGUUUGAGGGCUACUAGAGUACAUUCCUUGGCAUGUGUUUAAUUCAUGUGUACUUUUCUCUCUUUCUUUAAAACAGAAAGUCAAAGAAAUUGUGUUGAAAAAGAAGCUUUUAUCAGGCACAAAAGUCAGUUUUCUGAUAAUAAUUUGUUUGUAAUCAUGUUGCUCCUUUCAAAGUACAUAUAUCUUAAUAUUUGUUGUUAUUAAUUUUUCAUGAGAUAUAUUUGAACAUUUGGCCCAAAAUGUUUUUCUUUUUUCUCUGUCUUCAUUGUCUUUCUCCUUGGAACUGGAGCUGGUGCUCAAGACAGGCAGAGUCUGAAUUCCCUCCUAACUGACAAUUAGUAAACUUUUCUCUGAAGGCCAAACUUAUAACAACUCAUUUAUAAAUAAAUCAGUAAUUCAUGAGGCUUUUGUCUGAGAAUCUCUCCUGAGAGGACCCAAACAAACAUUCAGAAACAAAAAUAAGAAGUUAAGACAGAAGGUACCAGUUUGAGCUCAAAGAUGUUGUCAUCUAUCUCCAUCUGCAUUAUAUUAUCAAUUGCCAAAAUGUUAAUUGGUUUUCUUGUACAAGUGCGCCAAGUAUAGAUAGUUAAGUGAACAUUGCUAUGAAAAUCUUUGUGCUUCCUGAUUUUUAUAUAUUCAUUUGCAUCUUCUCUAUUAAAGUAACUGCUGGUAUAUGUGUAAAUGCUUUCAGUACCUUAAUUUUGCUCCACAAAAUUUACUUAAUAUUGUUAAUUCAUUGUUUUGAAUAACAGUACUUAGUUUGAGCUGUGUUAUUUAUCAAACUAGUACUCCAGAUUAAGAAUUUUUUUUAAGAGACAGUUGAAAAACCUAUAGCAAAACAGCAGUUUCAAGACUCAGCUAACUUACACCAACUUGAGCAAGUCUGGACAGCUUUCUUACCAUCUGCUUAACUUUAAUUUGUGUUGUGAUUAGCAUAUGAUAAUGUUUAGUGUUUAAUUUGUUCAGUUGACAGGUGAGAAAGUAAUAGUUCUAAAAUUUUGACAUAUAAUCAAAAGGUUUUUGAAAAGUACUUUGAUUUCAGCAAUAUUGUAUUUAAUUUAUUCAGUAAUUAAAGGAAAAGCUCCAAGACAAUAUUAAGCUCAAAACACUAAUGAGUUUCAGAGAACAGUUGAUUAAUAACUCACUCAACAUCUAGCACAGGGCUUAGUACAUAGUAAAUUUUUCAACAAAUAUUUAAAUGAAUGAACAACCCAUGUCAUGCAACUCACUUUUCUCCUAGCAGUCUCACUUCAAAGAAAUUUGAAGGAUCUAAAUUUAAAUGAAGUGAAAUGAAGUCUUUGCUUUACCAAAAUAACGUGGCAAGUAUAAGAAAUACGUAAAUUGUACCAAAUGAAAUUUAUUUCUCUUAGAGUAACAGUCCAUAUUACUAUUUUAAUUAAAGAAAUAUAUAUUUACAAACUCGUACCAACACUUUAUAUUAAUUUUGAAAGGUGAAAGUGAUACUUAGAAGUAAGUAUUUAGGCUUUUGGUUUUAUGUGAAGUUAGAUCUUUGUGUACUGGUUGGAUGAAUGAAUAGUCAAGCAAACCUUUGUUAGUAAUGAUUUUCUGCUUCUUAGAAUAGAUUUAUAAAAUUCUAAGAAUCUCUUCAAAUUAGAAAAAUUUACUACAUUCUAACCUACCUCAUUAGUUUCUUUGUGAUAAUAGCUGGAAAUAACUGAAAUUGUAACUAUUAUGGUUUAGGCGAUAUCCCUGUGAAAUAAAAGGAAUUACUUAAAUUUUUUUUGAUAAAAUAGUGGAUUAUUGGCUGGAGCUCAGAAAACAUUAAUAUACCAAAAUUUCACUAUGGUGAUAUUUAUACUGCUUUUGACAUGCCAAAGGUACAUUUACAUAUUAUCAUACUUGGAUGACUUACAUAGUCUAGUGUAAUGAAAAUUCCACAGGGCUUGGAAUUCAAAGGCCCAAAUUAUGAUGUGAACUGGACAGGUCAUUUAACUUCUCUUAAUCUUAACUUUGGUAUAAAAUGAGGAUAAGGCAAUUUUUGGUCCCAAUCUACCUCACUGGAUGUUGUGAGGAUCAAAUUAGAUAAAGUAUUAUAGUGCUCUAUAACCUAUAAAUUGCUCUACUGAUGAUCUUUGUUUCUGUUAGAAUUUGAGGCUAUGGCUUUCAGUGGUAUUUAGGAAUAACAACACAAUAGGCAAUUGGACCAGUAUUCAUUUGGUACAUGCUUUACGUCAGUAAUCUAAUUAACCUUUUAAAAAUGUGGUUCUUUUUCAAGAGUAGCUAUGCCCUUAAAUUGUGUUGGCUCUUUAAUGUAUGUUAUAACAGAGUGUGCUCUCAAAUUUUACAGUUGAAUUUAUAGGUCACUUUCAGCAGAAGUUUGGGGAUCUCCAUUAUAUUUUUCUUUUGGUAUGGAAUUACGUAAUACAUUAGCUUGGCUUCACUGAAAUUCCUAAGAAAAAUAUAAAGAGGAGUGUAAGCCCUAUUACUUUUUUUCUUUGAGGACUUCCAUGUGCCUAAUUCUUUCUGACUAAGAACAAGUUUUUUAAAAGCUGAUUACUGUAACUUGUUGGUUUUCAUCAUGGCCAAUCUUUAAAUUUUAGGUUGUAACAUUAUCUUAAUUAUUUGUAUAUUUGUUUAUACAAUUGUUUAAUCUGUGUAAAGUAAGGAUUUUUCCCUUUUUUGCACACAUAAACACAUAAAAGAUAGCAUUUUUAUAGAAUUAGGAUUUGCAAAGGAACUCAUGAUUCUUUUAAACUUUUAUGCCUUUUUACAACUGAUUAAAGUAAGAAAAAGUGUUUAUGUUUAACUCAGCUAUGUUUCCUAGUAGCUAUAUAAUUUUAUACAUUAUUCUUACGUCAUUUCUAUCUAUUUUAUAUGAAAAAAUUAUGUUACAUUUCUUCAUAAUUUCUCUCCCCUUCUUUAUUGUCUAGUUAUAUGAGUUUUGGGAAAGAAAUAGGAAGACUAAGAAUCCUUUACCUUCCAUCUGACUAAUCGGUCUCCUGGGGUUUUUUUCUAAUUUAAUUUUAAUCCUGUACUUCUUUAAUAGUCAAAUUGACAGAGGAUUAUAAUUUUCUCUCAGGAUCCGAAAUCUCCUAGGAAAGAAAACAUUAAGGUCUACCCAGAACUAGCCAUCUUUGUAGACAUUCCUAUUUGGUUGAUUUAUAAAGAGUUAAUAUAAGUUAAUAAGCCUAUUUCUUAUUCUAUGAUCUCUAAUUAGAAAGUAAAAUAUUGUUACCCUAAAGAUAAAAGAAGGUAAAGUUUCACAUAUAUGUUAGUCAAAUACCAUGCCUAUCAACAUUACUUCCUAUACGAGAGAGUAGUUCAAUCUAUUUAAAUGCAUUCAAGGAUAGUUUCCUUCAGACUAUUUUUUUAAAUAAUCACCUUUCUCAGGAAAUCUGUUGUGUUCUUUCUUGGACAUUUCAUUGGUAUUACAACAUUGCUCAUAAUUUAUUCUCAUUUUAUUGGCCACUGUGACCAGUCUUCCCUGAUAGAGAAACAAGUUUUUUACCUUGUGGUAAUUCAGAUUUUGAAGAUUCAGUGUUCCAUUAUUUUGGUAAUUACCAUUCACUAGUAACAUUAGUAUUUAUAAGACAUCGAUAUUUUCCAAGCUUGUUACUUUAUCAUAUUUCCUGAAGUAGGGUAAACUAUAUUAUUAUUUUUAUUAUCGCCCUGAGGUUUUUGUUAAGUAAGUCAGCUUGUUUGUAUUGCUAACUUGCAAAUAUUUCUGUAAUUGUAUUUUGCUUAUUGACUUAAAAGAAGAAACUUUAGAGCUUAAUCAUUUCUGUUUUCUAAAUUGACAGAUUUUUUUUAAUGCUUAGUAAAAAUGCAUUAUGUUAUUUUUAAAAUACCACAAAAUUUUGAAUCAGGAGACCUGAUUUCUAGUCUUGCCUCUGUUUUCAAUGAGCUAUGUAACUGGAAUUUUACCUCUUAUGGCCUUGGUUUUCUCAUCUGUAAAUGAAAGGAACAAGGGGAUUAGCCUGGGCAGUGUCUCAAAGUCAGCCUGUCUCUAAUUUGGUUGUCCCUUGAGCGUUUUAUAAUCAUUGUUCUGGGCUUACUUUUAUUCUUGUUGUUCUUCCAUGAAGCGUAUUUACUAAUCAGCCUACACUGUUAAUGCAAUUUAUACUUAAAUUGAUAGGAGUUAGAUAUGUUAUUAACUUUGUUCUCCAUUCAUGAUUUUAAGUAAUUUUAAAGGAGGAGAAUUAGAUUACAGAUAAUAAAAGUGAAAGAAAGGUUACAAAUAAUUGACAUGACCUUUUUUUCCCGUGGGAGAAGACUCCUAAAGCACCAACAAUAAGCACCUUAAAUUGAUAUACAGAAAAAAAUGACAUGAAAUUUUUGUUUUUUUUAAAGAUUGGCACCUGAG